UACAAGAGCAUGCCGCUAAUCCGCCAAUCUUGGCCUUCUCGAAGAGAUAAGAUUGGAAGAAGGCUACCAGAGCGCGUAUAUAAAAACGACGUUGUAAACUGCAGAGCUAUUUAUACAAAACAAAUUCUAACAUGGCAAACAACGUUUACUUGUCAACUAUUUUGGUCUUCAUCAUCGUCGUUAGUGUGAAAUCAGACACUGGCACAACGAACACAACUCUACAGCCUGAGCAGCCUGGUGGGCGCAUUGUAGGUGGUUACGAUGCUGACAUAUAUCAGUUUCCAUAUCAAGUAUCGGUGCAAUUGGAAAGACUACAUCGUUGUGGCGGUGCCGUAUAUACCUCAACUAUCAUCGUCAGUGCGGCCCAUUGUGUUGAGCUGGCGGACAUGCCGGAGCUGUAUGCUGUACGAGCUGGUUCGACGGAGCAUGGGAGUGGCGGUGUAUAUAUGCCAGUGCGCCGCAUCCUCAGACACGCCCAAUUUCAACCACAGUAUCAGAUCAGCCACGAUAUAGCUUUGUUGGCUUUAGCUUUUCCGUUGCCAUUUGGCAUCGGUAUACAACCUAUACCGCUUGCAACGAGAGCGGAUAUGACAAACUUGAUGAGUACCAUAUGGUUCGUUAGCGGGUGGGGUGCAACUUUGGAGGGAUCGCAAGUAAGAGCGGAACGCUUGCGUUAUGUCGCC